AUUUACUUGAGGAUCUCAAUGACUAGAAUUUAGGGAGUCCCAUGAGAGACGGACAGAGUGAGCUUUCAACUGCUUUACCCAGUAAUGCUGCUGCUACCUCUGCCUGCAUGACUUCAUGGUGCCUAAUUGGUCCAACAACUGGAAACAGACUCUCAGCCUGAUAACCUGCACAUGGAAAUCUGAACCUUUUCCAUUACUUAAAGGAGAGCAGCACCUUAAAGCCUGAAGCGCUGAGUCAGCAACAUUUAAAGUUCUGAGAGGAAAGUCAUGGUCCCCUCCCUGCACUGGCUGCUCCUGCUGUGGAGACUUCAGGUUCUGUUGGCUCAAGACUAUGAAGGAGACUUAGAGGAUGAGGUGGUCACCCCGAGGAGGAGAAGCAAACUUCUUGCACCUAAUUCCAUACCACAAAAUGGCAGACCUCUCAUUGAUGAAGACUGCAGUUUGGAAUUGGCCUUUCUGGUCGACAGCUCGGAAAGCGCCAAGGACAACCACGAACAGGAAAAGCGUUUUGUCGCCAAUGUGAUGGACCGACUGCAGGGCCUCCGGCUGCAGACCGGCCGGGGACUCAGCUCCCGUGCUGCUCUCCUCCAAUACAGCAGCCAAGUCAAGAUAGAGCAGACCUUCAAAGACUGGAGGGGCAUUGAUAAUUUCAAAGCUAGAAUUGCUCCCAUUCCAUACAUAGGCCAUGGCACCUACACCACCUACGCCAUCACCAACCUAACACGCAUUUACCUGGAGGAGUCGGACAGCAGCAGCAUCAAGGUGGCCAUCCUGCUUUUUGAUGGCGUCUGGCACCCAAGGAACCCAGACAUAUUUUCAGCUGUGUCUGAUGCGAAGAACCAAGGUGUUCGGUUCUUCACAAUAGGGAUCACUCCUGAAGCCAAUGAAGCCGCCAAUGUUAAGCAGUUAAGUAGGAUUGCUAGUUCCCCAGCUACCCGCUACCUCCACAACUUGCAAGAUGUUGGCAUUGUGGAUAAGGUCAUCAAGGAGAUUACAGCGCUGGCAGAUGAAAAUUGUCCAUUAUCCCAAAGUCAGUGUCAAUGUGAGAAAGGUGAGAGAGGACCCACAGGUUCUCCAGGAAAGAAAGGACGUCCAGGAGAAGAUGGAAGCCCCGGCCUGAAGGGGAAGAAGGGUGAAAGUGGCCUCAGUGGACUUCCAGGUCAGGAAGGAGCAGAGGGUAAGCCAGGAUACAAAGGAGAGAAGGGAGAGAGAGGAGAGUGUGGCACACCAGGCGUUAAAGGAGACAGAGGUCCUGAAGGCAGUAUUGGUCCAAGAGGAAACCGUGGACUUCAGGGCUUGCCUGGGCAACCAGGUGACAUGGGACCUGAGGGAAACAUGGGCAAAAAAGGGGAAAGGGGGCUUCCUGGACCACCUGGAAUUCAAGGUGAAACAGGGAUCGGCCUCCCAGGACCAAAGGGUGAUGUGGGUUUCCAGGGGCAACCAGGGCCUCCCGGUCCUCCAGGAAUUGGCGAGUCCGGACCACCGGGACCUCAAGGGCCUCAGGGAGUCCAAGGAGAAAGAGGACCGACAGGAGAAGGUCUCCCUGGACCAAAGGGCGAGCGAGGCAUAGAGGGGCCACGGGGGCCCAGAGGACAACCGGGCCCAGGAAUCAAAGGAGACAAGGGGGACUUUGGCCCUCCAGGUUUUCCAGGCCCCCUUGGUCUCCCAGGUUUAGGGAUCCAAGGAGAAAAGGGAACAGUGGGUCCACGGGGGCCACCAGGAAUAAGAGGUCCACCAGGAGAGGGUUUUCCAGGACCCAAGGGGGACCAAGGGUUGCCUGGUGAAGUUGGAGCUCCAGGAGAAAGAGGGGCUGGUGAGCCUGGUGCAAAGGGUGAGCCAGGAUCAGCAGGACUGUCAGGUUUGCCUGGGCUUCCUGGAGAGGAUGGCGCUCCAGGACAAAAGGGCGAGCCGGGAGCUGUCGGUCUGCGAGGUCCAGAAGGUGCACCUGGGAUUGGCACUCAGGGGGAAAAGGGUGACCAAGGCCAAAGGGGAAUAAGAGGACUGACAGGCCCACCUGGCAUUGCUGGACCCUCGGGGCCAAAGGGAGAACCCGGGACCCAGGGAAGGCCUGGUUCCGCUGGCCCACCAGGACGUUUCAUUACUGGACCUAAGGGUGAUCCUGGUCCAAGUGGUCCUCCUGGUCCAAUCGGGGAGACUGGAUAUGGACUUCCUGGCCCGAAGGGGGAUAGAGGUGAUCCAGGCCCUGCAGGUCCAUUUGGUCCUAAAGGAGAUGGCUUUCCCGGUCCCAUGGGUCCUCCUGGCCUGCCUGGGCUUCCUGGAGAACCCGGGUCGGAGGGUGUGGGCAUCCCAGGACCAAAGGGGGAUGUUGGAUUCAGAGGGUUGCCUGGUUUACCUGGACCUCCAGGUGAAGGCGUCCAAGGUCCUCCGGGAAACCCUGGGAGGCCAGGUCCACCGGGCCAAAUGGGACCACAGGGACUAGGAGUUCAAGGCCCCAAGGGUGAACAGGGCGCCCAGGGUGUGACAGGACCAAGGGGUUUACCUGGAGAGGGCUUUCCAGGAGAAAAAGGUGACAGAGGCUCAUCUGGAGAAAGAGGACUAAAAGGAUUUAAGGGAGAAUUUGGGGAUCCGGGAAUGCCGGGACAGCCUGGGCUGCCGGGUGUAAAAGGGGAAGCAGGCCUCACAAGAGAGGACAUCAUUCGAAUGAUCAAAGAGAUCUGUGGAUGCGGGAUCAAGUGCAAGGAGAGGCCGAUGGAGCUGGUGUUUGUCAUCGACAGCUCAGAGAGCGUGGGCCCUGAGAACUUUGAGAUCAUCAAGAGAUUUGUGACCACUCUGGUGGAUCGGGUUACAGUAGGCCGCAAUGCCACCAGGAUUGGUCUGAUAGUCUACAGCCUGGAAGUAAAGCUGGUUUUCAACUUGGCCCGCUACUCCAACAAAGAGGAUAUCAAGGAGGCCAUCAGGAACAUCCAAUACAUGGGCGAGGGCACCUAUACCGGUACCGCCAUCCGUAAAGCCACUCAGGAGGCCUUCUACAGCUCACGCCUGGGCGUCAGCAAGGUGGCUAUCGUCAUUACCGACGGGCAGACGGACAAACGGGAGCCUGUCAAGCUGGAUUUAGCCGUCCGAGAAGCCCAUGCUGCCAACAUUGAGAUGUUUGCUUUAGGGAUCGUCAACAGUUCGGACCCAACUCAGUCCGAGUUCCUCCGAGAGCUCAACCUGAUCGCCUCUGACCCAGACAGCGAGCACAUGCUUCGUAUCGAUGACUUCAACACUUUGCCAGCUCUCGAGUCCAAGUUAGUCAGUCAGUUCUGUGAGGACGAAAAUGGAGCCUUGAUAUACAACCGGAUAACAAACGGUUACAACGGCCAAGGAAACAACGGCUACAAUGGCAACAGGAUUGGUACUGGGAGCUACGCCACUGGUGGUUAUGGGUACAGGCCGAUACCUCAGCAAGACCUGCUUAACGGCCAGCGGACCGGCUUUAACUCUGGAUCUGGUACUGGGAGCAGUAAAGGAUCCAGCACCAUCCACGUUGCAGGAGGACAGCAUGAGGCCACAGUAAUAACCAAUAGAGGAAAUGAACGGGGGGACACAUUUAACCGUGGCACCUCAGACUAUAGAACUCCACCUCCUGCCAGAGAGGGAUCCUCUGGUAGCAGAGUUUCUUCCUCAUCCUCAUCCUCUAAAAACAUAAGCACCUCAUCCUCAAGUGUUUCUGUGAAAUAUGAGCCUCCACCGCGGCCAGCUCUUCCUAAAGAGACCGUACCCUUGGACCCUCGCUGCGGGCUGGUUCUGGAUCAGGGAACAUGUCGAGAAUAUAACAUCCGCUGGUAUUACGACAAGCAGGCCAACGCUUGCGCUCAAUUCUGGUAUGGGGGCUGCGGCGGGAACAGGAACCGCUUUGACACAGAGGAGGAGUGCAAGAGGACAUGUGUGGUUUCCAGAGUAACAGCAGCUUGAGCGAAGGCGUUCAUCCAAAACCUGCUGUAGAAACGUCAAGGAGGAGUCGUAAAACGUUGCCAUUUCCCAGCAGGUUACAGAAAGUCGGGUUCCAGUUUCUCAGGCAAACACGUACACAUUUCAUUUUCUGGUAUUUUAUAACUUACAGCAGAAUGACUUUGAAAAGGAAAAGUUUUUGUUACCAUGGAGAUCUUUGAUCGUUGCUGCUCAGGUAUACAGAGGAGGGCUCCUGUUUGCUCCAGCUUUCCUUCAUCUACAGUUCUGUAUGUUUUAUUUCCCUCACACUCAAUGGUUACUGUGAACACAGUGAAAAGAUGGACUGUUUGCAAAACGGAGAUGAUUAAAAUCCUAUAACUUAACAGGUUCUGUCAGUGUUUUAAACGUCUUGGUUCGUCCCUCGUUUAUUUACAUGUUUGCUUCCUUGUAGUCGGACUUUCAUGUGAUCUUUUAACCGAUUUUGAUGAGUAUCUGUUCAAACAUUUUGAAGGUAUUGACCUUUUUU